AUGGAUGAUGAUCGCAAGAAACCGCCUAUGGAGCCUUCCUUGACAUAUACUUACAAGCAGGUUGGAAACAAAAUCAUUAACCUUGACGUAUUUUCACCAAGCAAAAGAUAUGGAGCUCGUAACAUUCCAUCGCCGGUUAUGUUGUUCAUUCACGGAGGUGCUUGGAUAGGAGGCAAUCGUCAAGAAUUCAGUCGACCGGUGUUUGAAGAAUUUCUCUCGCAUGAAUUUGUAAUUGUUUCGACAGACUACCGCUUAGUGCCAGAAUCCAGUUUCGUCAACGGCCAGCUCGAAGAUAUUCGUGAUGUCGAGACUUGGAUCAAAACAGAGAUUCCGUCGAAGCUCAAGGACCACGGUUUCGAUGUCCAGACAGAGCAGAUAGUUGUAGUCGGCGGAUCAGCAGGCGCUCUUCUGGCCUUGUUGACUGCCGGCGGCGCUACGAAGGAGGGAAUCAAUCAGAUCUCUCCACUUCAGUUGUGUGAAAAGAUUGAGUAUCCGCCAGUAUACCAGUAUACAGGCGCUCAAGAUGGAUUGUUCGAGACUUGUCAUGUCACAGACUUUGCAGCAGCCUUGGAGAAGCAGGGUAUACCUCAUAAAGAGCACAGUGUGCCAGGAGUUGAUCAUGCCUUUGAUAUGGGCGCCAAAGUCGGUGAUGAUGUUCAUCUGAACGUUAUCAAGCCAGCUGUGGACUGGAUUGUGGAAGUUGUUGGCUCUUUCUAA